AUCAUAAUUAUUAACAGUGUAAUCAAAUCAACUUAUUUAUUGUAACUAAAGUUAAUACUACAAAGUUUAUUCACCAAUAAUUUUACUUCGAAAUCAUAUAUUUAUUAGGUGGUGGCGAAAAAAAAAUCGAGCAACAUUCUAAACGAGAAAUAUGUGAUCGUUAACAAGGAUUAAUAAAAUUUUAAUGACACGUAGUUAUUAAACUCAAAAUAGUGUGGUUUUGUUAUAACCAAAAACAAGUUUCUCAUAUUACCUUGAAAUCACAAACGGAAUACAGUGUGUUUCAGUGAAGUGUUUGUUAGUGUGACCAAAAAAAAAACUUUGGUAUCAUGUAAAUAAACAUUAAAUGUGUGAAAAAAUGUGUUUGAAGUGAAUUUUCAGGGUGUAUUAAAUUCAUUAAAAUAAUGUGGUAUUGACUUAAGAAAAUACAAAGAAAAAUGUUGAAACAAAUUUCCAUAAUUUGUAUCGUGAUCACAUUUUUCGUACAAAAAAUCCACAGUGAAAAAUGUGAAAUCGAGAGUCCAUUUUGUGAUUGUCAAUAUGAGGACAGAUAUUUUAAAUAUCAAUGUAUAUCAGAUCGUAAAGAUGAAAGCUCCCGUCAAAUAUCAAGCCCUAUAUAUCUUCAUGUCGAUCCAAGUAAAGCUGAUGCACAAGUUCAAUGUGCAAUAAAUAGUGAAAUUGAGGAUUAUGAUGCAUUACCAGAAUUUUCAAUUCAAUAUUUAGAGAAAUUUACCAUUUAUUAUUGCCCGAUUAAUGAAAAUUUCACAUUUGAAAAUUUUCUAAGAAAACUCAAUGUUCAUACAGUUAAGGAAAUUGUUUAUAUAAUGUCUCCAAGUAUAGGUGGCACCUUUAUAAAUGGUGAUUUUUUCGAAUCAAUGGGAAAUUUAACGACCCUAACUCUCAAAGUAAAUCCAGAUACAAUUAUUCAUUCCGACUUACUGAAAAAUUUGGAAAAAUUAGUGAUGUUAACCGUCCGAAAAGGUCAUAUUAAGUUUACACCAAAUUUUUUCGAAACUACAUCCCAAAUUCAAUGGAUUGAAUUUUCUGAAAGUAAUGGCCAAGAUUUACCUGGAAAUAUAUUCCAGAAUUUGUAUAAUUUAAAAAAAAUUGGAUUAUGGAAUAUGAACAUAUCAACUUUAAAUGAAUCGAUAUUUCAUUCGUUGGAAAAUUUAAACAUUUUAGAUCUAACUUCGAAUAAAUUAGAAACAUUACCGGAAACGAUAUUCCAGCGCUUACAAAAUCUAGAGAUAAUAAAUUUAAAUUUUAAUCGAUUUGUAUCGUUACCAAGCCAAAUAUUUCAAAACAAUAAAAAUUUAACGGAAAUUAAGUUAAGCAAUAAUGCGAACAGUUUAACUUUAUCGAAUGGAUUAUUCUCGAAUUUACCAAAUUUGAAAGGUAUAUUUUUGAAGCAAAGUAAAAUUGAAAAUGUAUCAGAAGAUAUUUUUUGGAAUUCAUCAAAUAUUAUAAAUAUAUCGUUGAAAGAAAAUCAACUCGAAUAUUUACCAGAAAUGUUAUUUCGAGAUGCAAAGAAUUUAUUGAAUUUGGAUUUAAGUCGAAAUAAAAUUACAAGUAUUCCCGAAAAGUUAUUUAAAUCGUUGGAUAAAUUAGAAGAACUUGAUUUAAGUGUGAAUCAAAUUUCAUCUAUUUCCGAUAAUUUUAAGUACCAAGUGAAUUUACUGAACUUAAAUUUAGGAAAUAAUUCAUUAACAAGAUUAGAACAUAAUGCAUUUCCACGUUCAAAGAGUUUGAUAUCAUUAAUUUUAAGGCAUAAUCAAUUAUCAUUUGAUGAAUACUCGGAUCCAUUCAAUAAUUUACUGAGCCUACAAUAUUUGGAUCUGUCACAUAAUAAUAUUACGUCAAUUUUAUAUUCUUGGCGAAACGUAUUGACAUCAAUGAGAAAUCUUAAUUUAGCAUAUAAUCAAAUUAAAGGAAUUGAGUUUGACGAUAUAUUUUUUGGUCGUCAAUCGCAUUCAACAACACUCGAUUUAAGGAAUAAUUUAAUCCAUACCAUUAAUUUACAAUCAGCUGAAUAUACAAUUUCAACUCGAACGUUGGGUAAUACGGGCGGUAUUUAUGAUGCAAGAUCCGGACGGAAAAGUGAUCAAAUAAUAAUAUCAAAUAAUCCGUUAAAUUGUAAUUGCAAUAUUCAUAAUUUAGUACGAUAUUUCAAAAGAGAUGGAAGAAUGAUUGAGGUACGGGGUGCAGUUGAAUUAAUAGCAACCGAUUUAAAGUGUGCCGGACCAAAAGAAUUACAAGAUCAUGAUGUAAAAGAUUUAGAACUGACAGAUCUUUUCUGUCCCAUUUCACCUAAAGAUUGUCCACAAAAAUGCAACUGUAAAGCCAGAAAAUUGGAUCGCUCAACAUUUGUGGAUUGUUCAAAUAAUAAUUUAACAACAAUUCCAUCAAAAUUACCCCAAAUAUUUUCUUAUCCAAACAUUAAAUUAUAUAUCAACAAUAACAAUUUAAGUAAUUUUGAUAUAAAUCAAACUUUCGCAAAUCAUAGUGGUUAUCAAAAUGUUCGAGAAUUGUACAUCCAAAAUAAUCGAUUAUCUGAGAUAACUUGGCUUCCAAAUCAGCUACGUGUUAUCAAAUUACAUUCCAAUCGUUUUGAACGAAUUAAUAUCACUUUACUGCAAAAUUUAUCAAAUUUGAAAAACAUAACAUUACAUAAUAAUCCAUGGAUGUGUACAUGCAAAAAUGUGGAUUUCAUGAGCUAUAUCCAAAAACAAGCCGCGAUUAUCGAUAAUAUAUCAAAUAUUUUAUGCGAUCAAACCGCGUUUUACAAUAUUACCAAGAAUGAUUUGUGUGAAAAUUCAACGGUAGCACUGGUUGGGAUUACCAGUUUCUUUAUAAUUUUUACGUUAACGACGACAACUUUGUUAAUUGCGUUCUAUCAUAAUCAGGACGCAAUUCGAGUUUGGUGUUACAAGCAUAAAGUAUUCUUAUGGUGGGUUUACAAAAAAGAAAAUGAUAUGGACAAGGAUAAAAAGUAUGAUGCGUUUGUGUGUCAUGCGCAUCAAGACGAAGACUUUGUAACGCAACAGUUAAUACCAAAUUUGGAAGAAUGUGAAAGUCCAUUUAAGUUGUGCAUACAUUCAAGAGAUUGGUUAGCUGGGGAUAUGAUACCUGAUCAAAUUGCACGAGCUGUGUCGGAUUCGAGACGAACUUUGGUUUUGUUAUCACCCCAUUUUUUGGAAAGUUCUUGGGCAAAAAUGGAAUUUCGUGCUGCUCACAAGAAUGCAUUAGACGAAGGCCGAUCACGUGUCAUCGUUAUAAAAUUAGGCGAUGUGGAUGAAGAUAAACUUGACGACGAAUUAAAAGCGUAUCUAAAAUUAAAUACGUACAUUGAAUGGGGCCAUAAAACAUUUUGGGAUAAUUUACGUUAUGCGUUACCACAUCAACAACCGUUGAGUAAACGUGCUAAACUGUUAUCACAACAUAUUAAAAAAGCGAUAGGUGAUAAACAAUUUGAAUUGCAAACAGUCGCUUCGAAUAUACCACAAAUUACGACAUCCGAUAACAAUAAAAAUCCGUUAAUAUUACGUGAACUGUUAAAUAAUUUACAAAAACAGAUUGUCCAGGAAAAUAAUGUAAAUAGAAAUAUUGCGUAAGGAAAUUAAUUUUUG